AUGGGCAUCUCCGACGUCUGCUACCGUUUCUUCUGCUGCGGCGGCCGCUCAAGAGACAGCAUAUAUGACCCGGUGUUGGCAGACAGCGAACGGGAAGCUGUCGCCGACCUGCUGGGCUUCCUCGAGAACCGAGCCGAAACCGACUUCUUCUCAGGCGAACCUCUCCGCGCGUUGAGUACUCUGGUAUACUCGGACAACAUCGACUUGCAGCGAUCGGCAAGCUUGACCUUCGCCGAGAUAACAGAACGAGAUGUCAGAGAGGUCGACCGAGACACCCUGGAGCCUAUUCUGUUCCUGCUCCAGAAUCCCGACAUCGAAGUGCAGCGUGCGGCGAGCGCCGCCCUGGGCAACUUGGCGGUAAACACCGAGAACAAGGUGGCCAUCGUCGCACUCGGUGGUCUUGCGCCAUUGAUCAAGCAGAUGAACUCGCCUAAUGUCGAGGUACAAUGUAACGCCGUCGGGUGCAUCACAAACUUGGCUACGCACGAGGACAACAAGGCAAAGAUUGCACGGUCCGGCGCACUGCAGCCUCUCACACGGCUAGCCAAGUCAAAGGACAUGCGCGUGCAGAGAAAUGCAACCGGCGCACUGCUGAACAUGACACACUCAGAUGACAACCGACAACAGCUCGUAAAUGCUGGCGCUAUCCCCGUCCUUGUUCAGCUACUGUCUUCAUCUGAUGUCGAUGUCCAGUACUACUGCACCACCGCCCUCAGCAACAUUGCUGUCGAUGCAAGCAACCGCGCCAAGCUGGCACAGACUGAAGGCAGGCUGGUUGGCUCUUUGGUACACCUUAUGGAGUCGUCCUCGCCCAAGGUGCAGUGCCAGGCCGCACUUGCUCUUCGUAACCUUGCGUCGGACGAACGCUACCAGCUCGAGAUUGUACGCGCUCGUGGUCUGCCUUCCCUCCUCCGCCUUCUGCAAUCGUCAUACCUACCGCUGAUUCUAUCCGCCGUCGCGUGCAUACGAAACAUCUCCAUCCACCCCGCCAACGAGUCGCCUAUCAUCGAGGCUGGCUUCCUUAAGCCGUUAGUUGAUUUGCUCGGCUCCACCGAUAACGACGAAAUCCAAUGCCACGCAAUCUCCACCCUGCGUAACCUUGCGGCAAGCUCAGACAAGAACAAGCAGUUGGUUUUGGAGGCGGGUGCUGUGCAGAAAUGCAAGUCGCUCGUGCUCAACGUGCGACUUCCAGUGCAGUCUGAGAUGACAGCUGCGAUUGCCGUCCUUGCUCUGAGUGAAGAGCUCAAGCCUCACCUGCUCAACCUGGGAGUCUUCGAUGUACUCAUCCCACUUACCGAGUCGGAAAGCAUCGAGGUUCAAGGUAACAGUGCGGCUGCUCUCGGAAACCUGUCGUCCAAGGUCGGCGAUUACUCGAUAUUCAUCCAAAACUGGACAGAACCCGCAGGCGGAAUUCACGGCUAUCUCCGCCGCUUCUUGGCGAGCGGAGACCCAACUUUCCAGCAUAUCGCUAUUUGGACACUGCUACAGCUACUCGAGUCGGAAGACCAACAGCUCAUGGAGCACAUUGGCAAGUCGAACGAGAUCAUCGACAUGGUCACGGACAUUGCUGAGCGCAACAUCGAGUCAGAUGACGAAGACAAUGAGGACGGCGAAGGCGAAGUCGUCACCCUCGCACGCAGAUCAAUGCCGCCAAAACCAAGAGGACGGGGAAGCACCCGCGCUCGCGGAAGUGGAAGAGGAGGAGCCGCAGCAGGACGAGCUACCGCUGACACGAGUGAAUCCACGGAUGCGAUCCCGCAAAGCACAGCUCCCGCUGACGCCUCGGAAGCUCCCAUUGAGCCCGUAGUACCAAAGCAAGAAGAUGGCGAUGCGAAGCCAGUCAUUAUUGGUCAAGGCCCAUUGGCGACUGCAGAGCCACAGGCUUCCGAGGCGCCUUCAGCGACUGUAUCUGCUGUCGCAUCACCUCAGCCUGACGCAGAACCAGCAGCUCGCGCUCCAGUACAAAGGCUCGGCAGUCUUCAAGGCUCUGUACCUCCUUCACGAUCAGCAUCACCGUCUGUACGCGGACGCGGCGGUACAACUCGAGGCAAGAGGGGCGUCAAGACCCCCGCCUUCACAGGAAGAAGGAGCAAAGAAGAGCGAGACGCUAUUGCAAAAGAACUGGCAGCUCGCGACCGAGAAAGGACAAAAGAGCAGGUUGCUGCGGACAAGAGAAGGGAAGCGGAGGCGGCAAAGGCAGCAAGGCGAGAGGCCAGCAAGCUGAAAAAUGCCAGAGGUGGUUUCAGUGGAGUCGCGAGUGGACCCUUCUCCUUAGGCAGCUCUAAAGAAGACAGGAAGAACAGCUCAAAUCGCGGCUUCUCUGGCUUCGGAUCUGGAUCUGGCUCUCGAGCAGAGCGCGUCAAGAACGAGGACGGCAGUUACGGAGGGUCUGGUUCCCGGUCAGGCGGAGGUGGAGGUGGAGGAAGCGGAGGAGGGUCAUCGAUCAAGAGAGAGGAUGGUGGGCUUGUGUCAUCUGAUGACGAAGACCUGGCCGACAUACCGCGUAGGGAUAUCGAUCUGAUCGAAAUCUCCUCAGACGAAGACGAGACUAAAGCGAAAAGUGCGCCUUCACAACGCGGGCCGCGAACAGCUUUACCCGUUCGCAUUGGCAGAAAAGAACACCAGGAGCGGACUAUCGGUAUCAACACAGAGGCAAGCUCGGAAACUUCAGCAAAAAUACUGGAACAAGCGGAAUCGAGCGGCCAGGCACCAAAAAAUGUUGCGUCUGAGCAAACGAGCCGGAAACCAAAGAACAAGUCAAAGGAUGUAGAAAUCACAGGUUCGCGGAAACAGUUCAAGGGCGUGUGGCACGACUCAGAAGACUCGGAUGUUGUUGUCAAAACCGAGCCUACGAGCGAAGACGAGAACAUGGUCGAUGCUGAGCAGGUAGGUCUGUCCGAUGCUCCUGCUCAGUCCUCAGAAAAACAAGAACCGUCGUCACCAAAUGCCGAGCGGAAGCCAAAACUUAAGAAGAAGAGUAUAGCAGAACCAGUGCUCCAGACUGACGAAGAUCGCGCCGAAUGGGCACGUUUUCAAUCGAACCUACGCCAUAUCCGAGCCGAGUUGGGUCCAGAGGAGAUGCCACAAGUCGAUGGAUCCGGCGACGUACCGAUGACAGACGCAGCUAACACAGAGAAGAAGCCUACAGUGCGAGAUAACAACGUCUAUCUGUUCCAAAUACCGCCCCUUAUGCCAGCAGUAGAGCCCCCAUCGAUCAAGAAAGAAGCACCAGACCCUCAGUCUGCGUCCCUACCUACGCAGCCAUCAGUUAAAACGGAUCCAAAGAUCAAAGUCGAGGAAGGGAGCUUUUCCGAUCCCUCUGCUAGGCCCAAAGAAGGUGUUCGAUUUGGGAGUGGAUUGGUUGGAAAGUUGCGGGUACACGAAUCUGGCCGCACAACGCUGGACUGGGGCGGUACGAGCUACGAACUCACGCCUGGCAACAAGGCCAGUUUCCUACAGGAAGUUGCUAGCCUUAAUAUGCGCCCCGAGAAUGAGAGAGCUGCACCGGAGGACGCAGGUGAAGCAAUCAGUCUUGGUAGAGUGAAGGGCAAAUUCGUCGUGGUGCCAAACUGGGGCGAGAUGCUCGGCUGA